AUGACCUAUUUGGAAUUUCCUUCCAGGGGUUUUACUUUGCAUAACAUGAAUCCAUAAAAGCUUCUUCAAUAUUCUUUGCUGGACUUCACUCACCAUGAAGUUCCUUCUAACAGUGUUGCAGUGGUUGCUGUUAUUGUUCACUCCCAGAGGGUUUUGUGUCCAGAGAAUUGAUUGCCAGUGGGGGCCUUAUGAUGACUGGUCAGAGUGCGAUGGUUGCACCAAAUUACAGACAAGAAGCCGAGUCAGGGCUGUCUAUGCUCAGUUUGGAGGAAACAUCUGCUAUGGAGAGCAAACUCAGACCAGGUCCUGUGAAACCACAAAAGGCUGCCCUCUAGAGGAUGGAUGUGGAGACCGGUUUCGCUGUCUAUCGGGGAUGUGCAUUAGCCAGUCCAUGGUGUGUAACGGAGAAGUGGACUGUGGGGGAGAUGCUUACGACGAACGUGUCUGUGAAAUUCAAAAAUGGAUUACAUGUUCAGAUCGUGCACCGCCACCUAACAUCGAGCUCCUAGGACUCGGGUUUGAUGUGGUGACUGGUACAAGGAGGGCCAGUGUCAUCAACACAGUGAGCUUUGGGGGUCAGUGUCGCACGAUCUUCAGUGGUGCCCACAUGGUUUUGUACCGACUGCCCCUCAGUACUCUCCAGUAUACAUUUAUGGUGAAAGUGCAGAAUGACUUCAGUGAUGAGAUGUUCAGCAGUAAAUGGGAGUAUGCAAAGGACAUUGUCAACAGACAGAAAGUGUACGGCACAACAUCAGGUUACCACAACUAUGACUUUCACGAGACAGAGGAACAGACUCAGACCCACCGCCUUUUGGUUUUAAAGAAUGACAUAGAAGUUGCUCAGUUCCAGAGUAAUGCGCCUCAGUACAUUCCAAUAUCUGAGGAGUUCUGGAGGGCAGUGGCCAAACUACCCUCUGUGUACGACUACUCUGCCUACAGGAAGGUUUUGGAGAGGUUUGGCACGCACUACCUGUCUGAGGGACACCUCGGAGGAUCCUUCAGAGUCAUCGCCAACAUUGAUGAAGAAACUGAAAAACGAAUGGUUGCUGAACGCUCGGAUUUUAAUGAAUGUGUAAGGACCAAACGUUGGUUUCUUAUAUUCCCCAUCACCCAUGUGGAUUGCACGUCUGGUGGUAAUCAGAAGACAUUAUCCAGUGGAAGUGUCAGGGGAAAUGCAGUCAGAAAAGUGGAAGUGGAAGGAGGAGGCGUCCAACAUAUAGCAGCACUGAAGAACAUGCAGCUCAAUGAUCCAGGCAGGAACUGGGAAAUGUACUCAAACUGGGCUGACUCUGUUCGAUCAUUUCCAAAUGUCAUCAAACAAAAGCUGCGGCCACUGUCGGAGCUGGUGAAGGAGGUGCAGUGUGCCGGGGUGAAGAGGCUCUACCUUAACAGAGCCAUAGAACAGUAUCUGACCGAGAGUGAUGCCUGCCACUGCCGGCCCUGUCUCAACAAUGGCCUGGUUGUCAUGAGAGGAAACCAGUGCAAAUGUAUCUGUAAGCCUGGAACAUCUGGGCUGGCCUGUGAGCAGGGAGCUGAGGUGGAAGGUCAGUGGGGAGUGAUCCAUGGUAGAUGGUCCUGCUGGUCAGCCUGGACAUCGAGCUCUCAGGGUAGAAGGUCGCGGAGUCGUUCCUGCAGUAAUCCCACUCCUCAGAACGGAGGACAGCACUGCAUCGGAGAAACCACGGAGACGUCUGAGGAUGAAAACCCACAGCUGCAAUAUUUAAAAACCAUGGAGCCUCAGUGCUUCGACCUAACUCUCACAGCGAGACAGAAGUGUGGGACCCCGCCUGCUCUGAUAAAUGGCUAUAUCCUGGACCCCAAGGAUGUUUACCUUGUGGGCAGCAGGGUUGAGUACACCUGCACUCCGGGUCUCUAUCUUGUUGGUCACAACAUCAUAGAAUGCAAAGCAGAUCAAACCUGGUCCGCCAGACCUGGACUGUGCACAGUCUCAAGUUGUAAGAUUGAGUCCCUUGCUGAAGGGGUCAUAGCCUCGCCUUUAAGGUCGGACUUUGGCAUAGGGGAAACAGUCACCUUGUCCUGUCCAGAGGGUCGACAGCUAAUAGGAGAAGCAACAGUCAUGUGUGACCCCUCAUACAGAUUUUCACCCGACCCAAGAGAUGCUCGAUGCAGCCCAGCCAGAGAACAACAGCCACAAAUAACUCCACUGGUCCAAUGUCAAGAGUGGGAGAAGUUUUCCAGAGGAAGAUGUGUUUGUAAAAGUCCUUCUGAGUGCAGUUCUUCUUUGGAGUUGUGUGCCAACACUCAUGCGAGUACUACAAAAUCAGUCCUUCUGAGUGUGUGCCAAAUGCACACGCUGCAGUGUGCUGGGAAGGAGGUCACGGUGGCAGAAGACAGCACCUGCAUGUUGCCGCAGCGCAACACAACAGGCUGCACCAACUGUCACAUGUGGGAGACCUGUGGAGAUCAAACCAACGAGUGUGUCUGCAGGGACUCUGCAGAUUGCUCAACCCCAGGAGCAGAUGUGUGUGUGCGUGUCGGGGAGGAUGCAGCUGCGGCCGCUCAGACCAUGAGCGAGUGUGAGGCAGGACUCCGGAGAUGUAAAGGAGAGAAGGUGUCCGUUGUCAGUAUCGUGCCCUGCGCUUCCUGAGGAUGCAGGAGGAAGGAUCACCUCACCACCUCUCAUCAGCAUCUUCCUUUUAACAGAAAUCAUCAGUUGUACAUUCCUCAUAUUUGUCAACUGAAUUAAUAGUGUAACUUUUAGUUUCUAACCCUUUUAACAAUUAAAUAUAACUAAAUAUAAAUGUAUCACAACAAAAAAUAAAUAAUAAGGCACCA